AAUCAAGAGAGUCUCAGCCUUUAGGUAGUUGACCCUGUGAUAAGUACAUCCUGUGAACUACCCAAAUAAGGAGGAAAACGAAGGCAGCUGAGCCAUGGGAUGCCAUAUAAAAAUCACUUAAACCAGUCGCCACUUCUUGUUUCCCGAGUCGUCCUGUGCUGGAGGUCUGCCCAGAUGGUCUCCAUGGCUUUAGAAGUCUUGAUGCUCCUUGCUCUCUUGAUCUGGACUGGUGCUGAGAACCUCCAUGUGAAAAUAAAUUGCUCUCUGGACUGGUUGAUGGUGUCAGUUAUCCCACUUGCAGAAAGCAGAAAUCUGUAUAUAUUUGCGGAUGAAUUACAUCUGGGAAUGGGCUGCCCUGCAAAUUGGAUACAUACAUAUGUAUAUGAGUUUAUAUAUCUUGUUCAUGAUUGUGGCAUCAGGACAAGGGUCAUUUCUGAGGAAACUCUCCUUUUUCAAACCGAGCUAUACUUUACCCCAAGGAAUAUAGAUCACAACCCCGAGGAAAUCCAUCUGGAGUGUUCUGCCUCUAGGAAAUCAGUGUGGCUUACACCAGUUUCUACUGAGAAUGAAAUAAAAUUGGAUCCUAGUCCUUUUAUUGCUGACUUUCAGACAACAGCAGAAGAGUUAGGAUUAUUAUCUUCUAGUCAAACUUGCUCUGAACUAAAGGAGAAAUGGAAACUUGAAGCUGGUAUUAUGUAUUUUGCAGGAAAACAGUUUUGUUUUUUCAUGGCAAAAAUAUAGUUAGUGUAUAUCUCUCCUGAAGUCUCUGGUUUCUAAAAACCCUACUUCAGUAAAGGUCCUGAUUAGUUGAUUACUGAAUGUGUAUUUCUAAAUAUUUGUAUUCAGUAGGGGUAUGGCUUAUUAAUUUAACAUUAUUAGGUAAUUCAUAUUAUACAUUUAAGUUUUUUUCUGUUCUGUGUAGAAGAUUCAGAAAUAUGUCUUCAAUGACAAUGACUUGAUCUAAUUGAUGUGAACCUCCAAUAAAUAUGUUCUAAUAUUUUUCAGGAAGAAUAAAGAAUAGAGAGAGACAUUUAAAUGUGUAGGAGGCAAAACUUUGAGCAUAGUGUAAAAUUUAACAUAUUAACUCUCAUGAAAGGCAAAACCCUUUUAUGUGCAGAUAUUUUAAUUCAUGUAGACUUUCCUAUUAAUCAGUAAAGUUGAAUCCUAACAAUAAUGCAAUGUGACUACCUAUUUAGAUUAUUCCAGAAGUAAAUUCAAUUUAUUUUCUAGAGCUCAAAUAACCACUCCCUUAACUGAAAUUUGAUGUUAGGUUUUCCUUUUUCCUCAGAAUGUUUUUUCCACACUCAAAAUGAUUGGUUGAGUUGGUUAAGCAAAGAGUUAUUCUGCCACCUAAAAGCAUUCAUUAAAUGAUUAUUUAUUAACACUUACUUUAUACAGCUUCCUUUCUUUAAACAGGGAGUCUAUAUGUGUAAUAUAUCCAAAAAUACUUCUAAUUUUGGUAGAUUUCUUAUAUCAAGGGUGAAAACUGAACUGUGCCAUUGGCUAUUCAAUAGUUUGUUGAAUGUAUGUUUUGGAUGCUACAUCCUCCUGGAAGCACAUUUUACCAAGAUAUUGGUUAUUAUUAUUUUUACUUAAAGUGAUACUAUUCCAUUUUGAAU